AAGUAGUCAUUAUUAGUUCCCAGAACAACCCUGAUAAUACGAUGGCCGCCAAUAGAUCAACAGAUUUAAUCUUACCUCGCACCAUCCAGCCCAGACUUCCUCCUUCCUUGGCUUUGUCUUCACUGUAUGCCUCAGCGACCUAUUGAGAGCAAUAAGAGAGCGCAUUGAACUGCUUUACCCUGCUUCUCGCACAGAAUAUGGCGGACUUUUAUGCUGUUGGCAGUCUUGAGGGCCUUGCCACCUUUGGAGUCGUCGUCUAUGAUAAGAGCGAGCGCGAGACAUGGUGAGCUCAGUCGUUCCUUGUUCUGACCUGCCUCUUGUUCAUUCAUUCGUUCAAGUCCAUGUCCAUCAAGUUCCUGUUCUCAUAUCGAAAAUGUCUCGGUUACCGUCAUUGUUGCCCUUCUUGCCCUUGGCUGCUGGGGCCUUUCCUUUGGCUGCUGACUUGGGCGGCAUAUUCUUGUUCUUUUGGAUGUGAGUUCUCGGCAACGAUGCGCCCAUAUCAAAAUGACAGCAAAAGGAAAUGUCGACGUCAUCCUCACCCACUUUUUCAGGGACGUGAAAUGAACAACUAUUUCAUUCACAUUUUUGAUACCUUGCUGAACAACAUCUUGCCAAUGCAUUGCCUUCUCGACACGGGCGAUUUACAAGCGAAUAGACCGUGUGCAUUAUCUCAUACCAUGGAGAACCCAGACCACAUCGGGUGGGCUUUAAAGGAAGGCAACGCCGAGCACGUCUCUAUUAAAUCUUUUGCAGACAUACAGCUGAGAAGAAUUUUCUGAGGCUCAUCAACAACCCCAAAAUCGUUAAAGCUCGUCACCAACGUCUACUAAUGAGUUUCGAGACAUUCAAAGCCAACCAGCCUGGUGUAA